UGUAGUCAUGUGCUAACAGUCACGACAUAGACUUGAACCAAGCGAAUUUAACCGAUGUCUGAUUUAAAAUGUUUUCUAGCAUGAUGCGCUGCAUUUAUCUAUGAUUGUAUGAAUGAGGUGAGGGUGACAAUCUAGGACGUUGGGCAGACUUCUGAUUUCAUUGCAUAGGUCGCAUCAUCGAAACAAUGGCUUUGGAUCAAAUCAAGGACAGCUUGGUUGGGAAAUGGAAAAUGGACAGAAGCGAAAACUUCGAGGAAUUCCUGAAGGAAGUUGGUGUAAAUAUGGUGCUACGGAAAUUAGCGCCGCUAGCGAAGCCGACGAUGAAUAUCUCGAUUGAAGGGGAGACAAUCAAAAUUAUCACUGAUAUUGCUGUGAGAAGAGAAGAAGACUUCUUCAAACUAGAUGAGGUUUUUGAGAAAGAGAGAGAAGGAGAGAUGUUUCGAGGAUGUGCCACGUGGGAAGACGGUAAACUGAAGAUAACUGGUACGCCAUUAAAUUCAAAAUCCAAGAUGAAGGCCCCUACAAUCUACAGGGAGAGAGUUGGUGACGAAAUGCUUCUGACAAUGUGUGUCAGUGACGUGGUAUGCAAAAGAUACUUCAAGAGACUUGAGUAGCAGAUAUUCCCAACGAAGUACAAAGAAAAUAUAUCUACGUAGUAUUCAGAAACAUCAACGUAGUACACAAAAACAUCAACGUAGUACACAGAAUCAUCAACGUUAUACACGGAGACAUUAACGGAGUACACAUAGACACAAUCGUAGUACACAGAAACAUCAACGGAUACACAGAAACAUCAACGGAGUACACAGAAACAUCAACGGAGUACACAGAAACAUCAACGUAGUUCACAGAAACAUCAACGCAGUACACUGAAACAUCAACGGAGAACACAAUUUAAAACUUAUGAACAAAUGCAACGAAGAACACAAAAAGUGGGCAUCACUGGCGAAAUGCGUAUUCUGUGAAUCAAUGGCAUUAAUCAUGGAUGUUUACAAAAAACUGACAACACAAGUUUUACAAUUAAAUCGAAUAACUGUCAUACCGAA